AAAAAAAGACAGGAAAGAAAAGGUAAUCACUCCAAUUUACAAGUUGGUAACCGCAGAGUUUAGCGUUCGGUGUUGUCAUUGUAGUUACCGAGUUGUUUUCAUGGAAGUGUGUGCUGUCAGAAGUCCUGUCGCUUGAGGCGCUUCACGAAGAAGAGGCUCUGACCCCCUGACUCUUUUGAACAGGAUUUGCCAUUGCCUCUGUGCUGGAGGAAGACAUGGACGACGACGACCCAGAGCGGAUAGUCCCGUCUGGGAGGCCAGAGGGACAGCGCACUGUGAGUGCUCCAUCGUCGACACUGGGCCCAGGCCUGGCUUCAGCUGGCGUUGGGCAGCAGCAGCAGCAGCACGGGCACCCUCAGGCCCCCCACCCACAGGCCCACCCUCAGGCCCACCAGCACCCACCCUCUCAAGCAACCCACUCUCAAAGCGUACCUGCAGCCACCACCGCCACCUCCUCCUCCUCAGCCCUUGGCACCAACAAGCCGCACACCCUCGCCAGAAGCAUGUCACGCAAGGAGCAAGUCAAAGCAUAUGUGAAGAAGGAGACGCGAGAGUUCUUUGGACUGGACGAGGCCUGUGAGGAGGGCCAGCGACUGCGAUGGCAGGAGAAGCGCAAGCGCCUUGCUAGUCGCAAGUACGGCCAGCUCAAGGACCACAGCAACACUACCCACCACACACUGUCUUUCACCAGUGACUUCCACGCCUUACCAGAGCUUCAGGAGGGAGCAGCCAGUGGCUUAUCAGACUCCAUAGAUGGAGCGACCUGGCCCCAGCCUCCCCACCGCGGGAAGGACUCCGUCGCCAAGAUGACCUGGGACGGCCUCUCCUUCGUUGCAGCUACACUAGCGAAACGAAGAGCGAAGAGUCAGAUCUCGGGGACAGCGGGUGGAAGGUCCAAGAGUCGCAGUUAUGCUCCAUCAUCCAUGUCGGUUCCAGACGAUGUGUUCGACGAGCCGGAUGUAUCCCCAACCACAACUGCAACCACCACCACCACCACCGCACCCACCUUGCGACCCACUCCCCCCGUGGAUCACUAUACAAUGGAGUCACUAUCAGAUGAGGUGUUUUUCGACAGCAAAGUAGCAGGGAGUGCAGAAGCAGUUACUGGAGCCACAAGCUAUGACAGUAGUAAAGAAGUGGGAGGGGCAAGGUACCACCCGAGUGUUCAAGAGUGGCAGCGGCCUCCUGUUCAAGUUUCUGACUCAGUCGAUGCUAGCGGACGAUCGAGUGCUCAUAUUGGUCGCUCUCGCAUAUGGAAUCGAAUUUUGGACAGCUGUUUUGAUAACUCAGACAGGAGAGAGUACGGAAGAGGCAUUGCUGGCCAGAUAUUCAGGAGGACUUUCAAGGAAAGCGUCAGGAAAGAAAAAGAUAUCAAAAGGCAGCUGGACGAGAUGAGUGACUACCGGCCAUACUUUACUUGGUGGGUCACAACAGUCCAGACUUUCAUCCUCCUCCUCUCCAUCACAUGCUAUGGCCUGGCACCACGUGGCUUCUCACGACAGCAGCAGUCAGGGCAGGUCCUGAUGGCAAGUUUAUCAAUCCAGACCGUUGGCUAUUGGGAGCAGUCUAAUUUCUGGAUUGGCCCAAGACCGGCGGACUUGAUACACUUAGGAGCAAAGUUCGCUCCAUGUAUGAGAAAGGAUGAAAAGAUAUUCCGACACAUAGAAGAACAGCGGCGAGCAGAGAGAGAAACGGGAUGUUGCAUUAGGAAUGACCAAUCAGGUUGCGUACAGUCAUCGCGGAGAGAAUGUUCGCCUCUUGGUCAAGGAGAUACGGAAUCGAAUCGCUUGUCUGUGUGGAAGAAGUGGAGUGAGUUGGCCAAGGGGCCAGAUGGACGCCUCUCGGGCUCUGUUUGUGGCCAGGAUCCCAACUACUGCAAGGAGCCGGCAUCAGUUCCCCCGCAUGAGUGGCCGGACGACAUAACGCGCUGGCCCAUCUGCCGGAAAAGAAUUGCAGGCCUCAAGAAGAUCCAUGCGGCGGAACACAUGGCUUGUGAGGUCAUUGGCCACCCUUGCUGCAUCGGCAUCCAUGGGGAGUGCCGCAUGACCACACGCGAGUACUGUAAUUUUGUGCGCGGCUACUUCCAUGAAGAGGCUACGCUUUGCUCUCAGGUCUCCUGCUUGAACAACGUGUGCGGUAUGAUACCGUUCCACAACCCAGAUGUUCCAGACCAGUUUUAUAGAUUGUGGACAUCUUUAUUUAUUCAUGCAGGAGUUCUCCACCUGCUUAUCACAGUAGUGUUACAAUACUACCUGAUGAGAGACAUGGAGAAGCUGGCAGGACCGGUGCGCAUUGGGGUCAUCUACGUGGUGUCAGGCAUCGCGGGCAACCUAGCGUCAGCCAUCUUUGUCCCCUACCGGGCAGAAGUGGGUCCUUCAGGCUCCCAGUUUGGGCUGCUGGCAUGUGUGUUUGUGGAAUUCAUCAACUCAUGGCAGAUGAUGAGAAAUCCUUGGAGGGUUUUAGGCAAACUGGUGGUCAUGACAUUGACGCUCUUCUUGGUGGGGCUCUUACCGUGGGUAGAUAAUUAUGCUCACAUAUUUGGCUUCAUCUUCGGGUUCCUGCUCUCUUACGCACUGCUGCCGUUUGUGUCAUUCGGUCCGUACGACAAGCGGCGGAAGGUGCUGCUCAUCUGGGUGUGUCUGGUGGCCGUGGUGGUGAUGCUCACAGCACUAAUAAUACUCUUCUAUGUCACGCCCAUAUACGAGUGCAAGGUAUGCGAGUACCUUAAUUGCAUCCCUCUAACACGGGACUUCUGUGCAGAGCAGAACAUCCAUUUCGACCAAAAGAUGGAUAUGAUAUGAGAGGCUGAUGCUCCUGUCACAGGAUGUUCCUGUCGACAGAAUCAGCUGUCAGUCAACGGUCACCGACGUGCCAACAUUUCUAGUAAUAUAACCAGUGUAAUUAUUACCGUAUGUUAUACAAGUGAUCACCGCUGUUAUGGUCAUUUUCUAGUUUCAUACUCGGGGAAAUAUGGGAUUUACCAGCGCCUAUUUUGGCCCAUGUGUUUUAAGGGCCAAAUUAGAAUUGGUCAGAUAUACAAAUUAGCAUUGACUAGCAAUGGACAAGAUUUUUAUACAUAUUUUCCCUUGUGAAUGUAACAAACCCGUAAUUUGUCUUUUAAUGCAUAUAUGCCUUAUCUGGUAAGGUUGAUUCCACAUGAGUGUAUUCAGUAUCACCUGUUAAUAACUUGUUAAAGAAAAAUAAACAUGAAUUAGCAUUAGAAGAA